AGAGCAUCUUCUUCCCGGCAAUUUCUAUUAUAGUUGUCAACAGGGACUAUUCCAAUUGGUGAAUGAAAACAACAGAAACUAAAGUAAGAUUUGUGGGUAUGAAUCUGUAGUACCAGUCAUGUGAAUCUAGACAGAAGAAUGAAGGUGUUUUUACUUGUCUCUAUCUAGACAGAAGAAUGAAGGUGUUAUUACUUGUCUCUAUCUAGACAGAAGAAUGAAGGUGUUAUUACUUGUCUCUAUCUAGACAGAAGAAUGAAGGUGUUAUUACUUGUCUCUAUCAAGACAGAAGAAUGAAGGUUUUAUUACUUGUCUCUAUCUAGACAGAAGAAUGAAGGUGUUAUUACUUGUCUCUGUCUUCAUUUCAAGCGUGUUGGCAGAAAACUCUUACACCCAACAUGACUUUGAAAGAGAGGCUACACUGGACGGUUUCCAGACAAUAGAGCCCCCAUCAGACAUCAGACCAAUUCAGUCUAGGUUGAAAUGUUGUGUGCUCUGCUCACAGGACGAGCUGUGUUCUGCUGUGACUUUUCAUGAUGGCCAGUGCUUCAAGUACAGCUCCUUCGUAUCAACACCUGGUUCCUCUCUCCCCGGAGCAACAACAUUCCACAAGCAAGCAGAUUCAUGUCCUGUGUCUCAAGGCUACACCCUUGUCCUGUCGCCACGCCUGUGUUACAAGCUCUACACCAGUCCCUGGAUAAACUGGGCAGACAGCCAGUCCCGUUGUGAGAGUGAUGGCGGACGUCUAAUGAUACUUAAUACUUUACAAAAGCACGACUACAUUGGAGAUUUCAUGACAAGAACGUCUUCUAUACAUGGAGCACUGAUUGGUCUGCAAGUGUACAGUGAGACAUCCUAUACCUGGACGGACGGUUCAACCUUCAUCCGGUCAGGGGCAAAGAGCAGUCAAUUCAACGCAGGAUGUGCAUACCUGUAUCAAACGACAAUAAAGACCACGACCUACACAAACAAAGGCUGGUCCUUGUGUGAAGUUAUAGUGUGAGGCGUGAUCCAGAUAUGGUCUGGAAGCCAUGUUUCCUGACAUCCACUUGCCUUUACUUGAUGGACUGAGUGGUUCUUCAACGCCAGGCAAACAAUGAGAUGUACGAGAUGUUACUUUUGAUUUCCAAACUGAAACGCGAAGGCCAACUCAGAACGUACAGUGCAAAAUUUUGGAAUCAGUAAAUAAGCACUUGUCAGCGAAUAAUUAACAAAUUAUAUUGAAACACAAAGGAGGAGGUUUACAAAACAUUAAAGGCAGUAGAAUUGGUCAAUAAAUAAUAGGCCCUAUAACAUCAAUCAGAGGAUGCACGAAAGUUCAGAGACCUGUGAAGAUCCAGGGUAGAAUAGGUCUUCAGCAACCACUGCUUGCUGUAAAAGGCGAUUAUGCUUAUCAUGAGAUCGGGAUCGGGUGGUCUUGGUUGAUGCAUGUCAUCGUAUCCUAAUUGCGUAGAUUGUCUGGACCAGACAUUAUUAUUAACACACUGCCAUCAUAUAGCUGGAAUAUUGUGGCGUUAAACAACAAACACACAGUGAAGCUUGCUGUACCGAGAAGGUACGGAAGAUAGCAAGCGUUUGGGCAAGGAUGUGCUAUAAAGACCAAGGAGGCCACACUACCUUAUUGCUGUCAAGAUCACUAAACUGAAAAACUGUUGCCUCCUUGACAACCUUAAUAGGAUUGCCGUCCAAAACUAAUUCGGGGUCUCUAUGUUUGUAUUUUCCACAAAAUUUAAGACAAUUUGUUUUAGAUUUUGACAAUUUAAAACUGUUUUCAAAGACCAUUUAUGUAUUUUAUUUAGACACAAUUGUAAUUGUCUUUCAAAUGUAUGCAUAUUUUUGCCACAAGAUACCUAAAAAUCAUCCACAAACAACGAUCCGUCAAUUGAAUCAUUUGAAACUUUAGAGAGGCUAUUUAUGUUGAUUCUAAACAAUGUGACAGACAAGACACUACAUUGUGGGACACCCUGACCCUGAUUAUAAUAAUAAGACAGGGUAGAACCCACGCGGACUUGAAAUUGCCUGUCAGUUAAAAACACGGAUAUAAAUUGAGGCAAACAGCCUCUUAAUCCCAAGUCAUGUCAAUAUUCUAAAAUACCGUGUUUCCAUGUAGUGUCAUAUAGACACUGCAUGUUCCUUGUUUAUUAUUGCAAUGGUCAAUGGUACUGCGACUUUUACGAAAACAACACUGAAUAUUUGUUAUUAAAUU